GGCGGUUCCCGGCGGGGCCGCUUUCCCCGCAGCACCGCCCGGCCGGGGGAAGGGGAGCGGCGGGGCCGGGCCGGGCCGCGGGCAGGUUUUGUGCUUCUGAUCCCUCGGCCUGCUUAAGAUCUGCUCACUGCUUUCUUCCGGCUGAAGUAAAGCCAGCCGGAGAGGCGUCUGCCCGCAGCUUGCCUCGGCUGGUAGUUGUUGGAAUGGGAAGAACCUGCAGGUAAGAAAUGGCAGUUUCUCUAUGGAAAAAAAUAUUUCAGACUACAAAGGAAAGGAUACUACAGCAGAGAAGGGUAUCACUGUAUAAUAUUGCUCAUGGCUAUGAGGAAGAAUUGAUAAAGAAGAAACUGCAACAGUUUGCUGGUGGAUCCAUCAACCUUUCCAAAGAAGAUAAUGGCAUUGGAAUACUUACCUUGAACAACCCACAGCUAAUGAAUGCCUUCACAGGCACUAUGAUGCUAGAACUCCAGGAGAAGGUAGCUGAACUGGAAAACUGGAAGGAUGGCAAAGGCCUUAUCAUCUGUGGUGCAGGAAAUACUUUUUGUUCAGGAUCUGAUUUGAAUGCUGUCAAAGCAAUAUCCAACUGCCAGGAUGGGAUGAAUAUGUGCAUGUUUAUGCAAAACACCUUAACCAGACUCAUGAGAUUGCCAUUGAUCAGUGUUGCACUAAUCCAAGGAAAAGCUAUUGGAGGAGGAGCAGAGCUUACCACAGCAUGUGAUUUCAGGCUGAUGACGCCUGGCAGCGAAAUUCGAUUCGUCCAUAAGCACAUGGGUCUGGUUCCCGGCUGGGGAGGAGCUGCCAGGCUGGUGCGAAUCGUUGGCAGCGGGGCUGCCCUCCGCCUGCUGAGCGGGGCCCUCAAGGUGGACCCUGAAAGAGCGCUGCGCCUCGGGCUUUCGGAGGAAACCUUGCUGCCUUCAGAGGAAAGCAGAUCUCUCGAAGAAGCUCGAGCCUGGCUGAGUCAGUACACAGAGGGUCCAGCUAGUGUGAUUCGGGCUGUGAAACAGGUGGUCACAGCAGGAAGAGAGCUACCUCUGGAAGAUGCCUUACGGACAGAGAAGGACGUUUUUGGAACUGUGUGGGGUGGGCCUGCCAAUUUGCAGGCACUGGUUAGAAGGCCAAAACAUAAAUGAUGGUCAAUGCAUAAGGAAUGUUCUUGAUAUUUUGCAAAGCUUUCACUGAAACAGGUGUUAAAAGUGAAUCAUUUAAUGCCAGUUCUUAACAUUCCUGUCAUUCGUGUCUGGCAGACAUAUUUGGUGUGCAACCGCAGAGAAAUUGCCAGAAAACUUACUGUUCUAAUCACCCACUGAAUGGAGAUUAGUGAAAUUAGUAUGUAAAGGUAAAUACUGUGCUGAGAAUAGAACUAUAAUGCUUUUGGAAUGAGGCUGAAGAUUAUUUUCUUUGGAGUUAAUUUUGUUUUUCUAACUGGUAUGGAAAUGAUUUGCUUGAGAGAUGAGAGGUUUAUUUAUUUACAGAGCAGGUGCGCCUAAAGCUGUAAAACCUGACUUCCCAAACAUGUGGCCAGUGUCUUAAAGCAACUUUGUAGGGAUGGUAACUGGUGAGAUGAUAUUUUUUUCUGUUUUCAUCUUCAGUCAGUUCUGGGUAUAAUUGCUGAGAAAGUGAUAUGGCAUUUUUAAUGGUGAUUGUUAUAUAGAAGCAGCUCUAGCUCACUGAAGAGCUUGUAGCCCUUGUUCACUGACAUGGAGCCAAAUCUUUAAAUGCAUUUAGGUGUCUACUGACUGCUUUGGGAACCAGCGAUCUUACAUAUGUAUCUGCACAUUCCCACAGCCUGGAUCUGAUACUGAGCACGUGCAAAGCUGCUGACCUGAUUCUUCACUUAAAAUCAAGCUGAAAUCUUAGAAAGCCACGAUGCGUAAUGCUCCCAGAUGGUAUUUUGUUGACUGGAUGGUCUCGGUACUUCAGCAUUCUGGAAGGACUUGUCUGCCUUUUAAAGUACAUUUACUCACAGGGCACAUUUGGGCUGUGAAAGACCAGACAACUUGGAACUUGAUCUCCAUGCCAGUGACUGUGUGAAUAACCAGAUAAUUCAGUGGGGACAGUAUUUGCUUUAAAAAUUAGAAACUGAGUCCCUGCUUUGGGAGAUGAUUCUUGAUUUAAAAUGAAAUAUAUUUGGUAGCAAAAAUGUACAGACAUAUACAUGACUGAGAGUUUCCUGUAUUGUUGAUUAAAAGGCACUUAUCUCUAAAUCAAGCAGGGUCGAUACCUGAGCCUGGGACCCAUGUCCCCCCCAAGGGAGCAUGUUAAGGAGGAAACUGGGAUGUUUUGCAUUGACGUGCAUUCUUGCUGUGACCAGGCAUAACUAACAGGUAUGUGGUACAAGCUCCCUUAGGAAAAUGAGGUGAUUCCUUGCAGGGAAAUCCAUGUUAUGGUAUCUACAGUGUGGCAGAAUUACUGAGUUUGAGAUGGUGAGGAUUUUGGGACAGAUUAACAAUGGGAAUUAGGCUUGGAUUGCCUGCUAAGAUUCUAAAGCUUUUGAGCAUAUGCUAUGCUCCGCUGGGUAUUUUAUUAUGUGGCUUUCACAGUGGGGAGUGUGUAUAGCCUGAAGCAAUGCUGAAGGAAGGGAUGUGUUCUGAGCUGGCACCUCACAGAAGAUAAGCAACUUACCCUGUCCUGUUGAUCCCUCCUUUCUCCCUUUGCAACUGAAACUGUUGAAAGGUUUCGAACCUCUCUUCCCCAACAAUAACGUUCAAUGUUUACUUCCAAGUUAGAGACAGGAAUGGGAACAGGUAGGAGAGGGUAGUGGUCUGUUUUGUGCUCCACCCUUUUUUUCUAUCCAACAGCUCACUGUUAGUCCAGUGCAGCUGGAUUUCAAACCCAUGACUUAGGAGGUAAGGAUGUUUUAAUACAGUAAGGCAAAACUUAACUGUUUAGUAAUGAAGCUGAUGUGCUUUUCAUGAAGUUCAUCAAGAUUCAUGAGGGAUUCCAGACUGCCAACAUCACUGAACUUUCAGAGCAUGUGUCACUCCAUGCUCACCCAAUUCCUACUCAACUUUUUGAAGCAGUAGCACAUCGCUUUGUUAUUAGUCAAAACAAAAAAGUACUUUCAAUGGCAGCUAGUUAGAUCUUUUAUAGCAACAAGAAUAAAUUUGCCAUUACUAACAUUGUGAUUAUGUUUUUUAAAAUGGGUGUGAGUAUUACUUAGAACCUGAACAAGACCCUUGAAUAUUUUUAUUUUUCAGGUGUCAGGUUGUAAGGUCCAAUAGCAUAUUCUGCGAACUGCGAGAUAUAAAUUUGAAAGGGAGGAAACUAGCAGAGAAGCAGCGUGUUUUACUUGCACAUUUUGAAGUAGACCUGUGCUGACAGUAAGUAUAACUUAGUAUGUGUAUCUUACUGGGGAGCUUUUUCCAGUUCAAUUUGUAGACAACGAGUUUACUUCUCAUUUCAGCAAAUGCAUUUCUCCAGCUAUCCUCUCUGAUUUGUAUCAAAGCCAAUGUUUGCUUCUAAUAACAGCACAAAUAAUUAACUGGUGCUAGAAAUGGCUAAGACCCUUUCAGAAAAGGUUACAGAAACUCAUUUUGUCGUCUGAUCUGUUGGAAUCACAAACAUACCACACACUGCUAUAGGAGAUUCUCAAGGUAAUUAUAGGCGUUUGUUUUGAUCAAGGAUUUUUGUGCUCAGCCUAAUGCUGUAUUCUAUAAUAUUUUUUUUUCUGUUUUAAAAACAAGCGUAGCCCUUAUUAUGAAAACCAGGAUAACUAAAUUACCAUGAGUGAUAUCACAAGGGCUCCAGACUGAGAUGAAAUGGAAUCCCAUUUUAGCAAUUGCAAACCUAAAUGCUCAAUUUCAUAGAUCACUUUAUCAUCAUCUUACAGUGACAAAUACCUGUAACCAGCAGCUAAUAGGCAUUUAUAUAUAUAUAUUACAAUUUAUUAAAGACUACAAGCUUUACUUUUUUGUUCCCCUUUAGAAAUGACCUAAAACCAAACAAGCGCUAAAUGCACAGAAUGAAUUAGAAACCCAUGUUCAAAAUUGAUCCUCCCAGUCUCCUAAUUAAAUGGAGCGCUAGCUUUUCUAUUUCCUAGGGGCUAGUUUGCCAGCUCCCUCCUCAGCAAACGAGGUUUCACAUUACACUGUGAAACGCCUGUCUUGUUCCUUGCCUCUGUGUAUUGGGACACCCCGAGUACUUACUGGGGGUGCGGAUUCUGAGCCGAGUGUUCAAUCGCCUGAUACGGUCACACUGGGGGUCACUUUUAGCAAUAUUGAUAGUUUCCCAUAUUUGCCGCAGGAAUAUACUUACCAAAUGGGCAACUGAGGUGUUCUUCCUGAAUGCGUGGUUUGCUGUGUGUUUUUUUACUGUGCUGGAGGAGUCCUGUAUCUGUAGCUAUCUAUUCUGGAAAUGAAGAGAUGCAGUACAGAUUUUGUAGUAUUUUAAUAUCCUCUUUCCUCUCCAUUCUGAGUUUCUAUAGCUAUUCUCUACAAGUUGAAAAAUCGUGUAUGCAGAGAGUUACAGAAAAACAUACGAUGCAGCGUGGCUGUAGCUUGGCUAAAAUAGAGAACAAGUAUCCUACUGAUGGUAAUGAUUUAAAUAUAAGAUGGGAAUUACAGGUUACUGUGUCUUCCUAGCUUGAUCUGGGGUGUGUAUUUGCCACUCCGAUGAUUAGCUGUUAAGCAGUUAUCAGCCUUACUUUAACUAAUUUCAGUAAUUCACAGCUGCGGUCAGCCAGCAGGAGCCAAAGGCAGCAUCAUGGGUGUUUGGCCUGAAUGGAGGUCUGCCUCUACUUUGGACAAGAACCCCCAUGGAUAACCACUAAUAAAAUGCAUUGUAUGUUAUUUGUGCUGAAAGUCCUCAAAUUGAGCAUAUAUAGCAAGUCUUGUAUUUUGCAUCUUGCUAUAACAGUGCAUAACCUCGCAGUAAGUGAAAUGCACGCGAAUACCGGAAGCAUUCUUACUGUGUGUUUUUACAGCACAGAGUUAGAUUUUGAUUAGCGCCAUCGCAUGCUAACUAGAAAGAAAAAAGGCAGGUGACAACUAACAAAUGGAAGAAAAGACAUUCCAAGUUCUUUCCUUCCAAAGUUCACAUUGCUGGCUUAUUGCCUUAUAGAACUAUGAAGUGGUAAGAAAGUAAUACUCCUUAUUCCAUCUAAGUCUCCUCCUGUGCCAUCUCCUUUGUUCACUGGACCCACUGUCUCACCUUGCGGGCAAAAAUAAAACCCAGAAACUGGAAGACUUUCACAGCUUUGUCUAUGAAUAGGCAUUUCAGCCAUUGUAAGGAAAAUGUUUUAGAAGCUUAAGUGUACGGUUUUUAGCACCUUUUGUUUCAAGAUUUGAAAUAAUUGCAUUUCAGCUAUUGGCCCUUCCUAUUCAGGGAUAUAUGUACUAAGAAUUGGGGUUUAAUUAGCUUUAUUUUAAAGAUUAAGCCAAAUCAACAGAUGACCAACCACCAUUUUUCAGAAUGAGAAAUAACUGCUAUAGAAAAAAAACUGUUGUACUUUUCAAGUUUGUAGAAACUGGGAGAUGUAGUA